CAAUUUUGAAUUAUGUAAAUCUGUGCAUUGACCAAGCUUGUUCGGUCAAGAUGGCUGGAUAUUGGCCAAGUCAGUCUUUUGCGUGUUUAUGGACCGAGAAGGAGUCGAGGUGAAUUUGUUCUUUUUUUUAAUCGGGCAGGUUAUGUUUGAGACCUUCCGUUCGCCAGCGGUGUUCCUUGCCGUCCAGGCUGCUUUGUCUCUUUACGCCUCUGGUCGUAUAACAGGAAAUGUUGUAGACAUCGGUGAUGGGGUCAGUUUCUCAGUUCCCGUCCACGAUGGCUACGCUCUUCCUGAUGCCGUCGUUUGUCCUUACUUGGCCGGCAGGGACUUGACAGACUACCUCAUGAGGAUUCUGACCGAGCGUGGCUACUCCUUCACCACCACAGCCGAGCGUGAGAUCGUGCGUGACAUCAAAGAAAAACUUUGCUAUGUUGCUCUCGACUUCGAGAAAGAAAUGACGACUGCUGGCUCAAGCUCCACCGUAGAAAAGAUCUACGAACUUCCCGACGGUGCCGUCGUUACUAUUAACAACGAGCGCUUCAGGGAUCCUGAGGCCCUGUUUCAGCCCUCUUUCCUUGGAAUCGAAGCUGCAGGCAUCCACGAGUCCACCUACAAUUCCAUCAUGAAGUGCGACGAGGACAUCCGUAAGGACUUAUACGCCAACAUAGUAUCGUCUGGGGGCUCCAGUAUGUUCCCAGGAAUCGCUGACAGAAUGCAGAAAGAAAUCACUGGCCUGGCUCCACCCACAAUGACGAUCAAGAUCAUUGCUCCUCCUGAGCGUAAAUACUCUGUAUGGAUCGGAGGAUCUAUCUUAGCCUCGCUGUCCACCUUCCUACAGAUGUUGAUUUCCAAACAAGAAUACGACGAAGAAGGACCCUCAGUUGUUCACCGCAAAUGUUUUUAAAAACGCUAACAUUUGAG